GAUUCAGCGGAUGUCAUGUCCAAAAGCAGCGUACAGCAGCGUCGCCUUGUCCCUAACGUCCCCUCCUCUCUGGGAACCGAGGGGCGGCAGUGGGCUCGGGCCGUGACGAUUAUCCGUGACGCAGGUUCGUCCUCCAUCACUUGCCGUGCCCACAGGCUGAAAACACCCAGAAUCCGAGCGAGCCAUCACGACCGAUGGAAAUAUGUAGUUAACUCGCACAGUUUUCCACAUUGCGAUAGCUGGAGGGUUUGGUGGAGUCGACCAUUUGGAAGGGAAGCCACCAUGGGCGGUCACGACGACGACGGCUCAUACGUCGUAAACAAACAAAAGCAGGACGAAGAGCUGAAGAACAAGCUGAACGAAGGCAGCCACUGCAACAAUGCCAAGCGGGUCAAAGAGGGCCAGAACCAGCUGCGCAAAGUCACAGAGAACCAGCAGGAUCAGGACCACAACUGCAACAUCAACCAGAAUGGCAACAAGGACGACUUCCCUCUGCAGAACACCACUCAGGAAGAGCAGCAGGAAAACGAGGAGCAGACCAAGUCCCCCAAAGCAGCCAUGACGCCUGGCCUGAGCCAGGAGGAGUCCAAGAACAUCCUCAACGAACCGCUGCUCAUCCACACGCUGGGGUCUGAAGAGGAGAAGGAGAAGGAGCGGGAGGAGGAUGACAAGGAGAAAGACAACAACUGCGAGGCUCAGGAGGAGGCGCAGGAGGAGGCUUCCGAUGACGGCGGAGGAGGAGAGAAACCCGCAGAGCGGAGUAACGUUGAGUCUCACAGGGAAGGGGGCGUGGGGAGAAACGCCUGCCUCCUCUUCUCCAACAUGAACGGCACCCCGAGUGACGAAGACCCCAGCUGGCCUUCGCUGUCUCAGGACAACUCUGACAAUUCCCCAAAUGGGAACAGAGAAUCUUUCUGGGACUCCAGCGCGUUUGAGACGGACACAGACCUGCCUUCUGGGUGGAUGAGGGUGCGUGACACGUCAGGCACGUAUUACUGGCAUAUUCCCACAGGUACCACCCAGUGGGAGCCUCCGUCACCUCUGGGGAAGGUCGGCGACUCCAUGAUGUCCUCCACCAUGUCUCUGGAGACCACGCCCUGCGAGGAGCCGGAGGAAACCUGGGCUCAGCUUUCCAGCACAGAUGAUGGAGGUGAUGAAGGGGAACUGUGGAAGGAGGAGGGAGAAGCUGCAUCUGACCAGAGUCUGAAAGAGUUUGAAGGAGCAACUCUACGCUAUGCAUCUAUCAACUUAAACUACAACUGCUCCCAGUUAGAGGAGGAGGAAAAGAUCGCUCCACAGUGCACAGAUCUAGAGACCAAGUGUUUCGCCGUGCGCUCUCUGGGCUGGGUGGAGAUGUCUGAGGAGGACCUAGCGCCCGGAAAGAGCAGUGUGGCCGUCAACAACUGCAUCCGGCAGCUCUCCUAUCACAAACACAACCUCCACGACACCGCCGGGAUCUGGGGGGAGGGUAAGGACAUGCUGAUGGUACUGGAGAACGACACCAUGAACCUGAUUGACCCUCUGGGCCAGACUCUGCUUCACUCUCAGCCAAUCGGAAGCAUCCGUGUGUGGGGCGUUGGCAGAGACAAUGGAAGGGAAAGGGAUUUUGCUUAUGUUGCUCGGGACAACCUUACCCAGGUGCUGAAGUGUCACGUUUUCCGCUGCGACUCGCCCGCCAAGAACAUCGCCACCAGCCUGCACGAGAUGUGCUCAAAGAUCAUGAUGGAAAGAAAGGCAAACAAGCCAGGCGUGAGCAGACUCGACUCUGACCCAAGUAAACCGUUUGGCAUCCCUGUUGAAGAGUUUCCUGCUCCAAAAAACGAGCUCUUCCAGCGCUUCCAUGUUUAUUACCUUGGUUGUAUACCAGUGGCCAGACCAGUCGGAAUGGAGAUACUGAAUGAAGCUUUGGAGUUUGCAAUGGCUGGCAGGGAUAAAAAUGACUGGACUCCUGUUUCUGUCAACGUGGCUCCAGCCACCCUCACUAUACUUUCAAAACAGGAUGACGAGGUCCUGUCGGAGUGCAGGGUGCGCUUCCUGUCGUUCAUGGGCGUGGGGAAGGACGUCCACACCUUUGCUUUCAUCAUGGCCGAAGGCCCGCAGGAGUUCACCUGCCACAUGUUCUGGUGUGAGCCCAACGCUGCCAGUCUGAGCGAGGCAGUUCAGGCUGCUUGCAUGCUUCGUUACCAGAAGUGUUUGGAUGUCCGCCCCCCCAGCCUGGCCUCCUGCCUGCCCACCCCUCCCGCUGACUCCGUGGCCCGCCGGGUUAAGAAAGGUGUUCAGAGUCUGCUGGGCACCUUUAAGAGCUACAGGUCAGGUUCUCAGUCCCCAUAAGCCGGCGAGAGGACCUUCUACUGUCCGGAAAACGCCAACGUCCAAUUACAGCAGCACCCCUCCUCACCCCCCAGCUGUCCCCUUUACUCCACCUUACCGCCGUCUCUCGUGUGCAGUCUGUAGAGUGAGGUAGAUCUUCACACAAACCCCUCACAUCAAACAUCUUCUUUGUGUUUUUUUAACUGAAUCGUUGAAUGUUUGACACGGAUGUAAUAUUUUUACCCGCCGACACAAGAAUUCCCAGCGAAACGCUUCGCCAGUCAUCAACCGCAGAACUUUCCGUACCAUCUUAGGGCAUCAUAACCCCCCCGUAGUCGUACGUCUCUCAGAUGAUGUAAUUUAGUCUUCCAGUGACCUCCUCCACUGACUGGAUCGUAGUGCGUUCUCUUGUCAUUCUGCAUGAACAUUCGCAAUGUCAGCGCUAGCGUGCAAUAACCAGAUGUUUCCGUAUGGCGUGAUUUUUUUAUUUUUUUUUUAGUAACGAGCGGGUCUUCAUCGAUCGAGUGUGAGAGGCUUAAAUGGAACAAACAGAGCCAUGAUAAAAAUCAUUCUCUCCUGACGAUAAUAGUAAUAAAGAUACAAACUCUGGGUUUUCUUCACAACUGUUUACCACCAACAAAAAGCGACUGAAUCGUACUGUAUACUCUCACCACGAGCUGCAUGUUUUGAUAGCGUAGAUGACUGCUGUCUGCAGCAGGGUAGUGCUCAAGAGCCAUCAGUGUAACCUAUAAAUAUAUAUAUAUUUUUUGUGUGUGUGUGUUUCUGUAUUGGGGGAAAUGAGGAAGUUAGAGCUGAUGUGAUUUUUGUGUUCCUUAGGCAUGUCACUCUAGUUAGCGUCAGUGUUUAUCUUUAAGCUAGCUUAGGGAGUUAAGCCUCUUGUGUAAAUGAGAAUUUUUGUUUUAUUUUCUGUUUGUUUGUGUGUGUGUGUGUGUGUGUGUGUGUGUGUGUGUGUGUGGCCCCCGGUCUUUCUGGUUAUUGUUUUAUUAUUAUUCUUUUUUUUCCCCACACACACUAAAGUGUAAACACCAAACACAAUUUCUACAUUAACUCGUUAGAUUUAGUUUUUAUAAAGACUCACACUACUAGCCGAGUUGUAUUUUACCUUUGUGUCCGUCGUAAGUGGUCAGUACUGUAUGUAGCACAAUAGUAAAGCUCAUCUCUAAUGUCAAAGAUGCUGUGUGUAAGACGUUUCAGAGAGUUACAUGAAUCAGCUUUAACUCUGAUUCACCCAGAUGAGAAAGAACAAACAGCAUUUUGGUGUUUUGGAGUUUAAGCCGCAAAUUUUGACACUUAAAAAAUUGCCCUCCUAAUUAUUGAGGGCCAAAAAUGCCACAGUUUCUAUAAAUGUCAAAUAAGUUAAAUUACUCUUAAAAUUGUAAUUGUUUUAGUACUUUAUAGGACAUAACAGUGGGAGUAUUUAAAAUGAUUUAAAUCUUUAUUUUUUAUAAUCCCAGAGCAUCAUAAAUUUAUCUAAUCUGUCAGCCAAAAUUAGUUAAUGAAGCAAAAUAAUUGAUCUGCAUGUCAUAUGCUGUGCAGGAUAAUCAAUAUAAUAUGUGCUUUCUAUCCAAUGAGCCUUAAUGACAGUUUAAGGGCAUAUAUCUUCAUUUUUACAACAUUUUGGACUAUUUUUAGCUUUUUAUUAUUUCUGAGAUUAACAAAAUCUAAAUCGUGAAAAAUACAAGCAAACUCUGGGACACUGGGAACAAAUCUGAAAGCCAAACGUGGGCAACAAUGCAGGACACAAUGGUCACCCCAGACGAGAGCAAAGUCUCCAGAACCUCCUAGAAUGUGAGAUCAUGAAGAAUAAGAAUACUUUUUAUUAGUUUUUCAAGGGGAAAAUUAACAUUUCUGUACAGCCUGUCCAAAACAACAAAAACAAACAUAAGACAUGGGAAGACGGAUGCAUGAGGCUGCAGCCCCCCUAAAGUGAGGAGAUAUGCAGUAACUGUAUCCCGGUACUUAGUCAUUACUAGGACAUUCCUUCACACCUUUCUUACAUGUUUGGCUCUCAGAAGUCACGUCAGGCUCCUACUGGAAGUGAAAAUAUGCAGACAGCUGCUAUCAGAUGCRCUCUUUCAUUUGGCUCAGACACUGAAGAAGAGUAACUACUGUACUGACUUUACUGGUAGCAAAAACAUUUGGUCUGGUCUGGCUCUUGACUUUCUGAAAAACAUUUUCUGAUGGCUAAAGGAUUUUUUUGGUAAAUUAGUGCUAAUAUGAAUAUGUAUGCUUUUAAAACUGUUUCAUAACAGGCUGAAGCACAGGAAAUAUUAAGUACUGAAAUAAAUUUUUUAAAUAAAUGUAAUUGUUAAUGUAACAUUUAGUUGUGUUUUUAGUAGUGAACUGACAGACUUCUAUACAUACUGAGAUAUUUGUUAGAUUGUGGCACUUUAGGCCCUUGGUGCUCAUCAGCUGUAAGCACUGAAAUUCCUCUAACUGAACAAAGUUUUGUCAGGUAAAUCAGGAAACACAGUGCCAAAAGGAAUUGUCAUUCCGUUAAACAUACAAACACUAAACAUUUAAGCAUAUCUAACAGAUACAAAUACAUUCACGUUCAGAGAGGUUUGCUGCAGUGAUUCCUGUGACUGAUCUUUUCAUAAUACCUGGUUGUGAAAGCAACGCUGUGUCUGUCAUGGCUCCCAAAACUCUUUCCAACUUCAUUACGACAUGAGAUAAAACACUACAGAAGUCGACUCUGCGUUCACUCAUAUAACUGCCUGGUCACUCACAUGUCACAUGGAGUUUUUGUGGUUUUCUCCUCUGAAGAUUGCUGUGUCCAGUCUGAUGAUUAAAAGAAAAUAGAUUAAUUUAUUACUGGUCAUGUAAAUUAGGUGUAAAAAAAAUGGAUGUAUAUAAAAGUCACUGCACAAUAAAUGUGGACAUAUCAUCAA